GCUUCAUCCAGGGGCGGCAGGUGCUCGUAGCCCUUUUCUUCAGCGCCGUCCACAGUCGUGAGGGCUGAACGGUGCGUGGUGUGCAGGCGGGCAGAGUAAGGAGCGCGCCAUGACUUGGUCAGCUCCUCGUGUACCUCGGGGAAGAACGGGGCAGCACGUUGACGAGGGGCCUGGCGUCUUCCCGGCAGGAACCACUCAUCCAGGCGGCUCCGUGACGGCUCUUCCGGCGGAGCCCAAUCCAGGUCUAGCUCCUCCACAGCUUUUGAGAGGACGCGGAGAAGUUCGGCGUCCAUGCCCGAGCCGUGUUCAAUGGGCUCCAGCGGAGGCGGGGGGACGGGGUCGUCCGACUCGCCAGCCCAGCCUUCUGCUUCGGAAGCCGCGAGAGACAUGGAUUCAUCUAGCGGCUCUUCAUCCGAUCCACCGAAUGAGACGAGGUCACUUGCAUGUGCUGAGGGACGCUGCUCAGGGUGGGAAAAUCUGACGGGCGACUGCUCUCUGGUGGGAGAGGGCGAGGCACGCGGGGGCUGGGCCGACGUGAGCUCGCUCAACUCCGGGCGCUGGGUCGCUCUACCCCGCUGUCUCUUCCUCGCAGGCUCGCGGCGGGAAGGGGACGGGAGGGCGCGAGCGGCGGGACUGCUUCCGGCAAAGAAAGCAACCCGCGAGCGCAGAGAGGCUAGACUCAUGCACUCGCAGUGCGGGCAUGAAGCGUCGGUGAGCGCGGCUUCCGCAUGGGGCUUACCCAGGCAUCCAACGCACUCAUCGUGUCCAUCGUUGUCCUGCAGAGGGGCUCUGCAGUAUAGAACCGCGAGGAAAACGCUCUCAGAGGGGGCGCCGGAUGGCGGCAGGAGACGGCUGAGGCGGUGGCCGGAACAGGAAGCAGGCGGCGGGCGUCUUGAAGACGGCGCUCGGGGCAGUAGUCCACGAGGGCGCCGGCGCUGUCGUAGUCCGGCGGCUCAGCUGGGUCCGCUGCGGGGCCUCUUCAACGGCGGCGAGAGCUGCUUCUUCCAGGCGGCGAGCUGAAAGGGAACGUGCACACAGUUUAUUUAUUUUUCUCUUACCGGAACCUGUUUUGGGCUUGUUUUCACAGGCCUGGUUGCUUAUUUUUCUCGCGAGAUCUGGCAACACUGAGAUAAACGCAUUGCUGAUCACGAGAGAGUGAGCAAAGAUCAAUCUGAGGCAAAUAUCAAAAUAAUCCUUUUUAAUAUUCAAAUAAUAUAAUAUGUUGUAGACCUGUUACCUAACUAUAUUGGGUUGUUUUUAGAAUGUUAUUGUUGAUAUUGCCGCUGAUGACUACUAAUUGCGAGCCCCUGUAAAAUCCGAUGCGGGAUGUAAAAUUAUAUUAACCCCCCCCCCAGAUUUGGUGAGUGUCUAAUAUUGUUCAAUUUACUGAAAAGACCGAAUGUUAUAUAUGUUUAUUGAUGUCCUGAAGUGUUUUAUGUGUGUAAUAGUUUCUGAAGGAGUGUGAGAUGUAAUAUAAUAUUCCAUUUAAUCACAUUAAUGAUAUAUUGCACAUGAUAACAUAUUCUUGUAUGUUUUAUAUAUGUUGAAUAUGAAAGAAAAGGGUUUUUGAAAACUAUUUUCAUAUAGAUUGAUGAAUGUGUAGUGUAUAUUGUGCUUUUUCCAAAGGAAAUAUUUUGUAAAUGCUUUUGAAACUUAAGAUGCUGUUUGUAUAAACAGGUCAGGUUUUUUUUUUUUGUGAUUUGAUUGAACACCGAGAUGGCGAGCCUCCCAACCAACCUACGAGAGAUGCAGACAGAGAAGUCCCGUGCAUACCCCUGGAUUGGUGCUUUCUGCUGAUCAGGUGGAAUCUAUUUCAUUGCGUUCAUUCCGAUCUGUAGGAUCUGUUUUUUUCUUCCCUUCAUCGACUAUUGAAUGUUGAAAUACAGCCUUCAUCUACAUCUACACUUAGAGACUUUUUGCACACACCAACAUUUUUUUUCACUUUGGCUGACAAAGGAACAUUCAUUUAUACACAGACUGAGAAGUCAUUGACUGUUAUAUUGUUUGAAGAGUUGAACUGUUUUCGAAUUGUUCGAAUUGUACUACUGUGAUGUAAUUUUCUUUCCUCAUUUGUUUCAAUUUGGGUUAAUCUUUUCUAUGAGUAAAAUAUAGAACUGUUGAACAAAAAACAAACAAACAAAAAAAAACAAAUAAUCCAAAGAUAAGAAAAACUCUUAUUAAACUAAAAGUUAGUGAAACUGAAUAUCUAUAAACCAAAUUACAAACUAAACAAUUGAAACAUAAACAAUAACUAUAUAAUAACUAGAAGCAAAUAGUAAACAGAGCUCAAAGAUAUAAAAAAAGAAAAACAACAACAGGGCAUUGAAAAUUAUUUUAUUUAAUUGUUAUUGUGACUGUGUUACAAUAGUUUUAUUAUUUUUUUGCUCAAACAAAAUACAUAGUCAUUUCCAGUUAUUAUCUUUGUCCUUGUGUGUCCUGAUUACUUACCCUCCUGUAACGAACCUAAUCUCUGGUCCAACAUCAGGUGCUUAGAGCGACCUGUCCCUGUUACAGUAACUUCAUGUUACACUUAUCAGUGGCACACUUUGAGCGUGAAAAUGCCCUUUGCGGUCGCAUCAUUUCUUUCAUCCCAUUUCUCCCCAUGUGAACCGUGAGCUCCAGUCCAUUACAAUUUAAAGCGGUUAAGGCCCGGAUAUACUUCAUUUCCCACGAGCCAUUCAAAUAAACUCCUUUGCCCAUGAGCGUGGAAAGAUGCUUUCGGCGCCCGUGGUCAUAACAAUUGGUCAUAAAUUUAUCACACAUAUUAAUUUGAACUUUAAGUUUGUGUUUUCUCUUUAAUAAUGGAUUCACUGCUAAACUGAUCUGAUCUGAACUGAGAGAGUGAAGAGUGUGUCAUUGUUCUCUACAGGUUGAUGUAUUGUGG